ACUGCUUCUGCCUCUGCUCUGGUUUUUCCUGUUCCCCUUUUCUUCUCUCCUCCCUUCCUGUUUUCCCCAAACAUGUGACUGUUCUGUAAGAGAACAGCUGACCAGCAACAUUUAACUUCCUCAUUACCAGGAGAUUCUGCAAGUAUCACAGUACUCCAGGCAAUGGAAUAAGGCAAAGGCAGGAUUCCUGAGCAGCCCACCAUGUCUCCCCCACCAUGUCUCACCUUAUGGACCUGCUUGCUGCUGCUGUCGGUGUGCCCACUGGGCAGAGUGGAGGGGGCAGCUCGGAAGCCUAACAUCGUGCUGAUUCUGACAGAUGAUCAGGAUGUCUCCCUAGGUGGCAUGGUAACUAGUUUAGGAGAUAUUUUGUAUCUGGUAUAAUAUGUUGCACAGAGGGCAGAGGGUGUGGGGCAGAGCACAUGUAUCAGUUUAUUACACUUCUGUUUAUUUGUGUUCCUGUCCUUUCAUUAUCUGGACUGUGCAUUUUAUUUUUGUUUUAUCAAGCAACACCAUGUGCUUUAACUAAUAAUAUCCCUACCUGGUUUGUUCUGUUGCUUAGUUUAAAAUGCCAGGGUUUAUCACGUGAUCAGAUCUCUUCCUUGUUUAUAGCGCAUGGUCUGAAAACUACAUUUCCCUUGAUGCUCUGCUGAGCAUUAUGGGAAAUGUGCAGGCUUGGAUUGUGCUGCUGAUUUGCAGAAUACUAGACCAGAUCAUGUAACUCCUCAUAUUAGUCCAAACACAGCUGCCUUAUUUCUACAUUACUGAUAUUUUAUUAUUAAAAUGUAUUAUUUUAGAGCCAUAUGUCAUUUUUCCCUGAAUAAAUUGCCUUUUAAUAAAUAACUGUGCAAAAGUUAAAUCUGAGCCGGGUAAGCCAUAUGCAAGAAUACAGACAAACUAUAUUGUUGUGGAAAAUCUGUACUAAUGUAUAAAGUGCGUGGGGGGGGAAAAAGAACUGUAAGACAUUAACCUAAAAGUGACGCAAACGGAUAUUACCUAAAACUUGAAUUGUUGGGAAUACAAAGUCACUUUCAGAUUUUAGGCCAAAAAUAGCCAAUUUAAGGGAAAAUUUAAAACCUCGGUCAGCUGUGUUUCUAGUUAAGCUAUUUUGACCUACAGAAAUAUAUUCUUUAAUAAUCAUGAUGGCCUCAGCGUUUCCUCAGUGCCCAGCUAUCGUGUAUAUACCAAGUUUGCUGAGACAGUCUUCUACGUGAUUGGAACAUGCCAGUCGAUGCAGUGUCCUAACGAGCCAUGCGCGAACAUCUGCAGUGUGCUACCCACAAUAAAAAUGCAGAAGUUUACUUAGACUUUACUGUAAAUGUGAGUUUCUCUAUGCUGCCAAUGUAUCCAGGAUAAAAGAACAACAUUAAUUUGGAGAUUAAUGCAGGAGAUAUAUCGUACCUGCUGCAGGCAAUCUAAUUACAAUUUAUUGUACUGUUCCUGUUUAGUGCAGGACAUAUUGAUCAGAAGUAAGGGAAGACAAUAAAAAGUUCAUAUACUUCUUUACGUUAUGCCACGGCACGCUGUGCUUGGUCAGGGUUAUUCCACUUAAGUGAGAAUUGUCAGGAUUCAAAGUGAAUUUUUAAAUUUAAGGCCAAAGCACCCGAACUGGAACCAUAGGUGACUUUGAGAAUUUUUGCAGUUCUCACUUUAGUAAAUAACCCUGGUUGUGUAGAAUUGGGGAAAAAGACAAAAUGGAUGCAUAGUAACAAAGUGUCCUAAAUCUGCAGGUACAGUACUGGUUUUGGCACAAGCCAGAAAUAUUUAUCUGGUGUUCCUUGAAGGAACACUAUAGUGUCAGAAAUACAAAGUGUUAAAUACCCAUUUUGCCCUGUUAAAUAAUAAUAAAAAAAAAUAAAAAAAAAAUCCUCACCUUUAUUUCAGCGCCACACAGGUACGCUGGUGCUGGUUCUCCCCCACUUCACUUUCCUGGCUGAAAUUAUUAGAAUUGACUAUCUCAGCCAAUCCAAUGCUGAAAAAAUCCCCCUUUGAAUUUAUGACCGUUCACACGUUGGUGAAUACCAAUGCAAGUAGUGAAAGGUAUGCUAAGGCAAAGAAUUAAGAAAAAAUUAAUCUGUAAACCCCAAUGAUUUGUACCCUUUUUUUUUCUAACUGGUAAUAUUUUAGCGGAUAUUUGCAAAGCGAAACGUAUAUGACAUUUUCCAUUCAAUCCAUGAAGUUUAUUUAUUGGACUGGGAAAUGAAGAAUUUGUUUGUAGCCUAAAAUAGCUAAUCCGGAAACAUAGCUGAGUUUGUAUUUAUUUUAUUUUUCUAACAGUAAAUUUAGCCUUUUUUUUUUUUUUUUGGCCUAAAAUUUUCAAUUCCUCCUCAUUUCACCACAGCUCUCACAGAGUUAUUUACUGAAAUGAGUCAGCUACGCUUUCAGUUUAACUGCUGCGGCCUUAAAUUUGAAUUUCACUUUGAAUUCUAACUUUAGUAAAUAAUACAUAAUGUCCUCAGUUCUAUCACUGCUGAAUAGACACAUAAAAUAACAAUUACAAUACAUCUUGUUAAAUGCCUUAUACUUUCUGUGUAAAUUAUGUUAAUUCCCUAAUUCACGCUACCUUCAAAGCGUGACAAUAUCUCCCAUUUUUUAUUAUUAUUAUUAUUAUCGCCAAUUCUAUGGCGCCAACAGAUUCCGUAGCGCUUUACAAUAUUAUAAGAGGGGGAGAUUUAACAAUAAAAUAAGACAAUUACAAAAUGUUGCAGGAAUAAUAGGUUGAAGAGGACCCUGCUCAAACAAGCUUAUUGAGAAGACUUUGUCAUUAAACGGUGAAUUGUGGUCAGCUGCAAACCAUAGUGCAAAAUGUCUACUAAAAUAAUCAAACUGUGACUGUAACAGCCUUGGAGAACCUCCAUAUCUGCUAUUUUUGUCUAAUUUUUCACAAGUUCACUUUGACUCACAGUUUAGUAAAUAAACCCCAUGGUCUGUGUAUCUCAGAGUUCACAUAGUUUGCUGGUGAGUAAUCGUCUGUUUGCAGAGCCCCUGCAUUUCUUUCCGCUUCAUGACAAUACAAUCUAGAAGGUUCUCUGAGUAACACAUCCGUGCGUCCAUCACAUUUAAAAAAAAAAUUAUUUUUUUUUAUUAUUAAUUUUUUUUUUGCCUUUCUUUUUGCAGACUCCAUUAAAGAAGACCAAGGCGCUGAUUGCAGACCAUGGUAUAACCUUCAGUAAUGCAGUAAGUGCUUUCCAGCCAAUAAAGAAAGUAUAGUAAGAAUACUUUACAUUCCAUUAUACACAAUAAACACCUUUUUAUUACUGCUUACUUAUAGGGCUUCACUUGUUUACUUUCCUUACGUUUUUAUUUUUAUUUUAUUUUUAGCAGUUCUAAAGGCAAAAAAUUGUUUGUUUCUGAAACUGAAUGUAAGUUCAGUAUGUUCAUAUUUUACUGUAGUAUGAUCACUCAGAUCAGACCAGUAAUGGUUAUUGUCACUUGAAGUGACACAAACAGCACCAUAACUACUGCUCUCAGCCUAUGAUUGUCACACAAGGUUGGACAGAUAUGUGCAGUUGUAAUUUCCAAAUGUAAAUGCAUCUGCGGAAGGGAUAGACUAAUGGUGCAAAAAAAAAUAAAAAAAAAUAUAUAUAUAUAUAUAUCUCUCAGCAUCUAUAAACCUCCGUUAUGUGUUUGUGGUUAUGGUGCUUAAAGUGCACCUUUUAAGCAUCCUGCAAGUUUUAGAAAAAAAACAUUUAGCAUUCUCCAUGUUUUCCAGAAUAUUUCUUUUUUUCUUCUUCAUACUACUGGGGGUUGUUUCUCUAUAAAAUGUGAAACUAAUGCUGCAAGAAGAACGUUUUAUUAAUCAAAGCGAUGGACCCUUUCUCCCAUCUUUUAGCCGGUGCUUCUUAGUAAUUUAGCUAAUCACUGCAGUUGGUUUGGAAUCCAUAUUUAACGCAGUGCUUGGUUUCCCUCCUGCAGCAUUAGAAUUUUACAUAUUACAAAGCAGCACUUCUCAUGUGCCGUAAUACAGCAUCAAGCUGAUGUCCUAUGUGUACAGGGAAACGUGAAUUAAAGAGACAGUGUUUAUUUAGUGAUAUUUUUGUUUAAUAUAAAGUUUCAUGUUCUUUGAAUACUCACGUGGCUUGUUUAACUGCUUAUAAAAUCUUUUCUCAUUUACAGUUUGUUGCCAGUGCCUUGUGUUGUCCCAGUAGAUCUAGCAUCCUGACUGGCAAGUACCCGCACAAUCACCAUGUGAUAAAUAACACCAUAGAGGGAAACUGUAGCAGCAAAGCCUGGCAGAAGACUCAGGAGCCGUAUACCUUCCCUGCACUGCUCAACUCCAUUGGCUACCAGACAUUCUUUGCCGGGAAAUAUUUAAAUCAGGUACGCGUUUUAUAUGGACACAGAAACAUGACAUGAGCAUUAUAAGCAAGAGGGAUGCUCCCCAAACUUUGCCAUCUUAUUUGUUAUGUAUAAAACCACCAAUAUCAAUUACAUUUUCUAUGUAUAUGGUGAAAAGCAUUUAUCUUUUUAACGUACACACUUAAAUGCUUUUAUGCAUGAUACUUAUGCAUAUUGUUCAGUUAAUUUUACGUUUGUGGGAAAAAUUAUGAUAAUUUGUUAAACCUUUUAGUGAAUAGCUAUUCAUGUGAUCUAGUUAAAGGGAAAGUAUAGCGCCAGGAAAAUAAAGUUGUUUUCCUGCUAUAGUGCUGCCAUCCAUCAUAACCACCGUCAUGGUGCUGAAGUGCUUUAAAAAAUAAAUAAAUAACCUUUUAUCACUUACCAGAGCCCAGCGCUGGUCCAGGCUCUGCCUCUGCUUUUUCCCCGCUCCUGUCAGCCGGCGGUAAAGACCUAAUAUGAAUGUGCGGCAAUUGCUGCACUCGCAUUAGUGUUUCCCCCCAUAGUAAAGCAUGUAUAAUGACGCUGGAUGUCUCCAGUGAGGGGUCAGAGUUGAGGGAAAGAUGGAUGGUGCUAAAUAUAGGGAUAGCAAAACCUGUACCACUCUGUGCAUGAUUUGAGGCUAGGACGGAGGUUCACCUUCCAGCAGGACAAUGACCCCAAACACACUGCUAAAGCAACACUUGAGUGGUUUAAGGGGAAACCUGUAAAUGUGUUGGAAUGGCCUCGUCAAAGCCCAGACCUCAAUCCAAUAGAAAAUCUGCGGUCAGAUUUAGAUUGCUGUUCACAUGUGCAAACCAUCCAAAUUGAAGGAGCUGGAGCAGGAGGAAUGCACGGAGGAAUGGGCAAAAAUCCCAGUGGUUAGAUGUAGCAAGCUCAUAGAGACUUAUCCAAAGCGACUUGGAGCUGUGAUUGCCGCAAAAGGGGGCUCUACAAAGUAUUGACUUUAGGGGGGUGAAUAGUUAUGCACAUUGACCUUUUCUGUUAUUUUGUCCUAUUUGUUGUUUGCUUCACAAUAAAAAAAAAAUCUUCAAAGUUGUGGGCAUGUUCUGUAAAUUAAAUUAUGCAAAUCCUCAAACAAUCCAUGUUAAUUCCAGGUUGUGAGGUUUGUAGUGUGUUCGUAGAUAGUGAGCAUUUAUGUGCUGUGUAUGAAUCCAUUUUGUGUUUCCUGUUUUAUCUAGUAUGGAGCCGAAGAUGCCGGAGGGAUCGCUCAUGUGCCCCCAGGCUGGAGUUAUUGGUAUGCGCUGGUAAGUAGAUUUUCCAGACCAGUUUGUGCAAUGUUGUUCUAGCCAUUAGGCCACAGAAUCAUGGUGCAAAUCCUUUGUAAAAAGAAAAGCUUUUGGACUGUUGAAUGGAAAAUUUCCAAAAUAAUUGUUUUUUUGUGUUUUUUAUUUAUUUAAUUUUUUUUUUUUUUUAGUAUAGUCAUAAACAUACAGCUUUACAUCUUAUGGUUGUUUAACCCCCCCCCGUCAAGUUUGCAUUAUUCCUAUCUUAAAGGGACACUCUGGACCCCUAAAACACUUUACACAUCGUAUUGUCACGAUUACACUUUUUUGUUUAAUUUUUUAUAUAUGGAGUGAUAUAUGAUUUAUUUAAGGAUUGAAGUACACAAGUCAUGACACUCUGCACCAUUUCUAUUUAAGUAUUUGUUUUUCCCUAAAGCACUCUAGCUUGCUGAACUGCUUUAAGUGUGAAAAGUGUGUCGCCUGCGAUUGGACGGGAACAGAAAGUCUGGGCUGGGGAAGAAGGGGAGGGCUUGCAAAUGCAGCAGACAACAGAUAUAUACCUUUUGCAUACUGGUUUUAGAUAUGCCCAAAUGAAAACAAUGCAUAAUUUAAAUGUAUGUAUGUUUUCAUAUGGGGAAUAUAUACUAAACAGUGAUUUUAUUUAUUUUCAUUUUAGCAGGGGAGUGUCCCUUUAAUGAAUGAGAAGGUUUUGAACUUCAUUAAUAAUAGUGUUUAUUCACUAAUAUUACUUUUUUUUUAAAUUUAUUUUUUUAUUUUUUUUAUUUUUUAUGUGCUGUAGAGUUCUGAUGUUAGUUUUACUGUGAGCAUUUUUAAAUGGACAUAAAAAAUAUAUUCCAAAAAGACAAAAUCUGGGCAGAUCUCUUUAAAUAUGAAGACAAAAUAAUAAAAAUAAAAAAAAACACAUGCAGAAUUAUUCACUAAAUUGUAAAAUAUUCAUACAGGACUUUCAAAUUUAGCACAAAAUGGCUGAAUUGGAAAAAUUCUAUUAAUUAGCUAUGUUUCCAUUUUAAUCGUUUUGGUCUUAAAUUUACAAUUUCCUGGUGUAUUCCCAAAACUCUGGUUGAAAAACUUGAUAGUGAUACUAUGCAUGUAAAAUUGUACAAGUAAUCCAAACUUUGGUAGGUAAAGAUUAGUGUACCGAAGGUAAGUGUUAAUGUAGUUGCUAUGAAACUUAUAUAAUUAGUCUCUACAUAGUGAGCUAUUGUUUUUUUUUUUUUUUUCUGAGCAUUUCACAAGCUGCAGUGGUAACUGCUCUGUGUAUCUGCUUGGUACACUGUCAGCAGUCUGAUAUGCACUGCUUACAGAAGGAACACUGACCAUCACCCUCUGAAAAUAGUUCCAUUGAUGUCAUUAUUGCUGUUGAAGCAAUUUAAAAAAUAUAUCUUUUAAACUAAAGGGCUAGAACCAUUAAAACUUAAAUUAAAAAAAUAUUACCGGUAAAUGUUUAUUUUUCAUAAUGGAUCCCUGUUACGAUGUAUUACCCAGCCCCCCCCCCUCUUCCCCCAGGCCCACCUUUUCUCAAACACUUGGCAACAAAAUCUAAUUAAAGUCCACUUUAGGUCCAAGCCAAACAUUUUAGUGAUCUGGAAAUACGCAGCUGUCGCAAUGUAACCUUGGAGGUAUUUGUUUAACAGAUAGCUAAACAGAUGGAAUGUCAUUACGUUAACAUCUAGCAAGUGUUCCUAUAAACGUGUACGUGAAGUCCUGAAUCAGGUGUACUGCUAAAGUCCCAUUGCACGAUGACAUCAUUUAAAAACGUCUUAUUGUAUUAGGCUUUGCAUCGUAAAAGGGCAGAUUUCAAGGUUUAACUGUUUCCUACAUAAUGGGUAAAAUUAGUUUGGUAAACGUUUUUAUUUAUUAAAAGUAUUAUUGCAGAUUUGGAUUUUUUAAAAUUUUUUUGAAUCACACAUUUAAUAGCUUUAUUAUUUCUUAGCAACUUAUUGUAAUGGGGGUUAUUUCAGUUGUGAAAGAUAUUCAAGAGAACUGCAAAUGUUUGGCCAUGCUGCACUUAAAGGGACACUGUAGGCACUGUAACGGCUUCAUCUCAUUGCAGUGUUUAUAGCGUUUGGUGUCCAGUCCCCAGCAGCCCGUACCCUCUGUGCUGCUAUAGCUAAUGAAGAAAUUUUAGCAGCAAUUGGUGGCUGUGAGUGGCUGAGGGUGUCAGCUGGCUGGUUUCCUGUAAAUGAAUAUUCUAAACACCAUAACUACUUCAGCUUAUUGUAGAGGUUAUGGCGCAAUCCAUUUAUGGGAACUGUUCCCCUGGUUAUUUACACAUUAGUUGACAGAAUUGGAUAUCUCCCAGUCACCCAUAACCCAUAGGAGUCCCUACAGUGAAACUGCACUUCCAUAUUACCAAGUAUGAAUCCAGCCAAAGCAUGGCUUAGAAACUGAGAGCAUUGAGCUGUCAUUGAUGUCCUGGUUGGACAGAAUCACAAUUAAUAAUGUGGAAAAUACAUUUAUUAUCAUUGCUACUGAGGGAGAGACAGAAUAUGGUUGUUGGUAAGAGCCUGAGGUUUUGUCAAACUGAGUGACCGCACCAUAACCACUACAAUGGGCUAUAGUGUUAAUGGCCCUUUAAAAAAUGUAGGGACUAGUUUGCAUGAAACAUAAUAUUCAUAAAUAAUGAGCUAGUGAGACAGCCUUUUUGCCUUGCUAGCCAUGCCAUUUUCCGUGUCCGUGAUGGCCAUCUUGCACACUUUACACUAGAAUGUCCAUAUGGUAUCAUGCAAAAAAAAUCUGAAAUUAUUUUUUAAAAUGCAAUUUAUUAUUUUCAUAGGAGAAAAAUUCAAAGUAUUAUAACUACACUCUGUCAAAGAAUGGCAAAGCUCAACAUCACGGGGGAAACUAUAGCCUGGAUUACUUGACGGAUGUCCUGGUAAGAAAAAUAUUGUUUCAUUUAGAUCACAAAAUAAAAGCAAAAUACCUGUUCUACACACUGAGUUUUCACUAAAGGGGCAUCUCCAACAAUGCCCAUGCUCUCAAUCUCUUUUCAUCUGCAGAAAAACACCUAUUUAAUUGUGACAGAUGUCCCUUGUGUGUAAUUUUACUGUGAACACAUUUAAGUCCUGCAAGUCUCCUUACAAAACGUAUGUGUCCUAUGACCACCUAUGCAUUGGUUAUAGAGCACCAACUAGCAGUGGAAGCUUCUUGGUCGAAGGAGACCUCGGACUGCCACUCUGGGGUUGAGAACUAUUUCUUUCUUCGUUUGUUCUAAACCGGAAUGCAUUUAAACUGGGUUUUUUACUUUCCUUUGGAUCAACAUCUAAAACAGAUGUGUGAGGGACUGAACUUGAGCCUAUAUGACUAUGUAACUGCCCCUCAUCUAGUUAAUACUUGUUCACCAUCUGGUGACACGUUGUGCAAGGUUAGCAGAAAUAUGUUCCUCCUGUGAUAUCAUCCUUCUGAUAUGCAAACAUUAUCUUCUACUGUGCAAACAAGUCUUAAACAACCUCCAACUUUUUUUAAAAUCAAUAAAGCUUCUAGCAAGCCAAUAGGGGCCUUGUUAUCACUUUGCCUAGUUAUUACAUAGUAUGUUGGCUCUGAUGCAUUUCAUCUUUAAUCGACAGGCCAAUGUUUCUUUGGACUUCUUGAAUUACAAAUCAAAUUAUGAGCCUUUUUUCAUGAUGGUUUCCACACCAGCCCCGCACUCCCCGUGGACAGCGGCUCCCCAGUAUGAGAAAGAGUUCCUUAAUGUCAGCGCUCCCAGGACCAGCAAUUUCAAUGUACACGGCAAGGUAAUGUGACUAUAUUUAUCGAACCCUUCAAGCACAUGAUACUUGUAUAGCUUAUGUUGUGAGAGGUCAUUUUGUCCCGUUGUACUAGUUACGUAUAAAUGCUUUAAUUUGUGAAAACUCGCUGUGGCUGUAAGCCCACCACCUCCGUAUGUCCCAUGUUUCCCCAAGCCAGUCCACGUACUAGGCAUGUGCGUGGUAGGCACCCACAUAAUCAUAGAAACAUAGAAUGUGACGGCAGAUAAGAACCAUUCGGCCCAUCUAGUCUGCCCAAUAAUAAUCUACAAGUCCCCACUUCUUUUAGCAGUUCCUUCGCAGCUUAUUGUGAAUGAUCAUUAGCAAUGCUUGUGUCAGUAGCUUUAUUCAUAUAUAUAUCUCACUAAGAUGACAGUCUCCAUGUGAAUGUUAUCAAUCUGUACAGCAGUUCCAUUAAUAUUUUGAAACUGAUGGAGCCAAUUUCUGAGAUACAUAUCUUAUGAAGCAAUGCUGAGCAGAUAUUUUAAGAUAUGCUCAUCACCCCCAUUGAAAAUGAUUGGAUUGACUGGGAUUUGUCAACAAGUAUCAUCUUCUUCCUAGGUCGUUCUCACCGUCUGUCAAAUGUACAUUGUAUUUCGUAUCUAGUGCUCUGUGCAUUGUACGGCUCUGUAAUUUUCCUUAUAAUGACUUUGGGACAACCAUAACAUAAAAUAUACUUAUAAACACAACAGUGUUUCUAUGCUUGUCAUGAUUGUAUUCUGUUUGUUUCAGGACAAGCAUUGGUUAAUCAGACAGGCCAAGACACCAAUGUCCAACACAUCUGUUCAAUUCUUAGAUAAUGCAUUUCGGAAAAGGUAGGACUUCACGUGAAUGUGGCUGUGUUCCAUGCUCAGUGUGCAAUAGGGUUUCAUCAUGUUUGGUUAUAUGGCAAUGGGGAGUUUCUAAUUGACAGAACUGUUUGAUAUAAGCAGAGGACAUUCCGGGCACAGGGGACACCUUGUAAAGACCCAUCAUGAAUAUUUAAAAAAAAAAAAAAAACUACAAAAAAACUGAUGGAAGAUUUGCUUAUUAAGUUUUCCCCUAUGAAGAUAAAUGUUCAUAGGUAGAUAAAAGCACUUCAGACCGUUUUGACUACUGAUCAUAGAAUUAAUAAAGCUAAAGGCUCAUGGUCGGCAUUAAAGAUUGCAUGUUUUUUUUCUUCUUCCCCCUUCAAACAUCAUUCUUAUGACAUCCGAUAUAGAUGGCAGACCCUUCUCUCUGUUGAUGACCUUGUAGAGAAACUCUUGAAGGAGCUUGAGACUCGUGAUGAGCUGAAUAAUACAUAUAUAUUCUUCACGUCAGACAAUGGAUAUCAUACAGGUAGGAAUUUAACCAAUUUCAUAUUCCCUAACAGUUAAAUAUUUUAGGGUUAAUUUACUAGAUGGCAAUUGAAGGGACACUAUAGUCACUAGAACAACUACAGCUUAUUGCAAUUCAUUCUGGUGAGUAUAAUCAUUCCCUUCAGACUUUGUGCACUGUCUUUUCAGAGAGAAGGCAGUGUAACUCCACUGGCCACUCCUCAGAUGGUUGCUAGAGGUGCUUCCUGGGGCAGUGCUGCUUAAUGUGACUGACAGUCAGUGUCUCCGCCCUCUGCAAGGAAACACUGAACUUUCCUCAUAGAGAUGCAUUGAUUCAAUGCAUCUCUAUGAGGAGAUGCUAAUUGGCCAGGGCUGUGUUUGACUAGUGCUGGCUCUGCCCCUGAUCUAUAUAAAAUCUCAUCGAUUGAAGAUAAGAUCAAUAACCGUAAUUCAAACUAAGAUGUAGUGUCCGCUUCGUAGAGGCACAUUUUGCUCUAAUUCACAAGCACUAUGAGCGCCUCUGGAGGUCUGCGUAAUAAUGGACAUUGACUUCCAGAAUCCCUAUUGCAGGAGAGUAUAGUAUGUCGCAAUUACCAACCAGCAUUAUUGGGCUGUGUUGUAUUCAUUUUCAUCGGGAGCGCAGAUAAGCCCAAUGGAGAAUUAAGUAAGCUCCAUAACCACGGAACUUAAGGGGGGAGGGGGGUUGCGUUUGGGGAGCGACUUCGAGUAAUGUCACAUUACGUUAAGAUGUUAAUGACCCAUAAAGGUCUGAGGCUCCCGAAGGAUGUAUCAAGGGGAGGACAAAAACCGUAAAACAAAGUGCAGCGGUUCAAUAUUACAUAAAACAAAUUUAAUGGUAAGCUAAAGGUUAACAUAGGGAGGUCAUUCCGUUAGUCGCCUCAUCCUGGGGCCAUUGAACUUGCAGGUGUAAAGGCUGCUACGUUGUCAACGUCCCACUUGUGUGUAGGUCUGUUCGGCAUGGAAGUAGUGUUAGCAGCCAGACCUAGAGAUUGCAGGAAGCUGUCGGCAUUGGACACUGAGGAGAGUCUGUGCCUUUUGCCAUUUCUCUCUGCCACAAGCACCCGUGGGGUCCCCCACCUGUAUUGAAUUCCUGCUGUUCACAGUUGAGAGGUCAUCUCCUUCAAUGUUGCACGCCACUGCAGUGUGGACCUGCUGAGAUCUUGAAAGAAGCACAGUGAGUGCUGUUAAAAAAUUAAUGGUGAUAAAUAAGUCCUUGUCAGUUUGUGACCGAAAACAUACUAUGAAAUCUCUUGAUCCAGAGGAUUUGUUUGUAAGGCACCCUGGGAUGCGGUAUAUGCCAUCUAGUAGCGUUCCUUUAGCCUGUUUGGGUGUUAGAGUAGUGGAGAUCAAUAGUGAUCAACAAGUUUUUUUGUUUUUUGUUUUGUUUGUUUCUUUUAAUAUAAAAAAACUGAUGGAUGUAUGUAUAUGUGUGUGUAUUUUCUGCAAGCCCCUACUUUGCAUUUUCUGCCCUAAGCUGUUAUCAAUGGUUCAAACAAUCUUGACGCUCCCUUCAUUUUUAGCCAUCCUUUAUACAUAGAUGGGGGUUAUGGGACUUUCAGUUCAGCCCUUGGUAGUAGUUCCAUUAAUCACAUUGGACUUCUGGCUGAACUGAUAGCAGAGGUACCAUAACUGGUUCUAUUUACAAUGAAGCAUUCCCAUUCUGCCAAUGGCAAUUUUUUACAGUGACAUAAAGACGUGAUCUGCACAGAGCGUGUUGUGUAUAGUAUGGGGUUCUUGCCUAACUUUUGGAAUGCAAAGGAGCUCCUCUUGGGAAUCCCCCCAUAAAAACACAUCUGCUGGUAAAAAUCACUUCGCGUGUGAAUAUAGGUUAAUACUACUGUGUAUCCAGCAGGGUAAUUUAUGAAAGUGAGAAUUUAAAGUGAAUUAAAGUUGAAUUUAAAAUUUAAAGGAACAUUGUAGCGUUGGGAAAAAAAUUACUGUAUUCCUAAUGCUACAGCGUUUUAAGGCCAGAGUAGCCAAAUUGAAAGCUUAGCCAACUUGGAGAAUUUUUCAAGUUUGCCUAUCGUGACCUUAAAGCUGAAAUUCACUUUGAAAUCUCACUGUAGUGAAUAACCUUGCAACUGUUACUGCAUGGAGUUUUUAUUAUUCAUUUCUCUUUUGGUAAUGGAAAAUCAAAAAUCCUUUAUUUUCUUUUUAUAUGGUAAUUCAGUAGAAAAGUUUGAAUAGGGACCCUUUGUAUCAUGCAUUCUGUUUGUAUUGCAGGGCAAUUCUCACUGCCAAUAGACAAGCGUCAGCUGUAUGAGUUUGAUAUCAGAGUUCCACUGCUUGUUCGAGGACCAAGUAUAAAACCCAAUCAGAUAUCCAAGGUAAAACACAGAAGCUCUCCGUGAUCUACUAUUGUGCGCUAUGUAGCAUUUAGCGGUUAUUAACACCAUGCUUAUUAAGUCUCUAUAGACCGCUGCCUUGGUUAGCGUCUUGUGAUUUGUUUAUUCCUUUGUAACAUUGUGAGCCAACUGUAUGAAACUGACAACACUUUGAAGCAAUCACUGACACCAACACCUGUACUGGCAUGACUGCUUCUAGUUUGCAAUUUGCCCAAUUGGCUCUGUGUGUGUGUGUGUGUGUGUGUGUGUGUGUGUGUGUGUGUUUUAUUUUUUUUGUUUUUUUUGUUUUUUUUUUUUCUUUAUAUUUAUAUUCCUUCUCCCAUGGUUUUGUACUGUUGGUAAUGUUGUACCAUUACUAAAAAUAAAAAUUAAAUGACACAUAGAAAAUCCUGUUCUAUUGUACAAGACAAUUCUGCAAACAAUUGUGUCCGUGAUUACUCGUAGAUGAUACUUCAUAAGUUCCAUAAUAAAAGCUGUGUUUAUAACUGAUGGUGAAAUAAUGACCAAUGUGCAUCUCAUUUAGUCUAGCUAAAUGAGGACCUUUUUUAAUUUAUAACCUGGUGCUUGCAAAGUCCUGCUUGCGACCAAUGCAAACCCUUCAGUCCAGAAUGGAGAAUCCUUCUGUCAUUAUCUGCACAUUACACUUUUCAUCUGCAGAACUCAAGAGCUUUUCUUACAUUCUACAUUUUAAUUCUGCUUCUAAAACGUGUUAUCACCUACCUCUGAUUGUGUCUUCUUUAAUGUAUAGCUUUAAAUUGGAGGGGGGGGGGAAGCCACCCCGAAAUUAUAACUACCUUUUAAAAGGCACACCCAAGGCAUUUAAUGCAAAUUCACUUACUGCCUAUGAUUUAUUUAUUUUUUUUUUCUCAUUUGAGGUGAAAAAACUGAGUAAGCACAGACUACUCUCUGGCACUAACCCCUGCAACAAAUUGUGUUUCCGAUCUUGUACAUUAGUAUUUUAAAGGGAGUCUCUGUGUCCAAAAAUGCAUGUUUUUCUAUUGUAAAUAAUUAAUCAUUGCAAGAAAUCUGCAUUUACUAUAAUUUUCACAAAUAUUUAAGCCUUGAAAAAACACCUUUCACUAAAUGCAGAACUGGCCUCUGCAGAUAAUGUAUCAUUUUUGACAAUAAUUUAAUUUCCUCUUAAUGCUGGGCAUUGUUGAAAAAUCUUUAGUCUCAUACAGAUGAGUGGUUUUAUUGAAAUUUAGGGAUAAAAAAACAAAAUAAGUCAAUUGCUGUUAUUAAAUAUUACGUUUUAUGUAUCCAUUAAACUGGUGACUUGCUGUAUAAAAAGCUACGGUGGACUAAAGUUCAUCAGACCUGCUCAUUCACUUGAUGAGGUUGAUUGAUUGAGGUUGAGUUAUAUUCCACAAAGGUGGUUUUAGCAAGCGGUUGUCUCACUACCCCACUACAUCGGGUAAAUACUUUAACUCCCACCAGCCUCAGCCAGAAUCUGAGCAUGGCAAGAGUUGUAUUCCAGCAGGUGGAUUCAACGUCUUGCACUCACUUUGAUGGAACAUGAAUUGUCAAUAGAGUGGUGUGUGUUGUGUGGUUUUUAUUUAUUUUAAUUUUUUAUUUUUGUUUUUCUGUUCCCCUAUACAGGAAAAUAAGUUCUUUUAUCUCUGGGAAUUAAUUUUUUUUUUUUUUAGAAAAAGGAAUGGCAACAGGCUGAUUUUUUUUGCACCGUAAGCACCUUUUGUAAUAGGAAGUGGUUAUGGUGCUUAAUGUGACCCUGUUAAUGGAAUCCAUAAACUAUACAUAUCAUAACAUUUUUAAAAUUAGACAUGUACACGUUUAUACUCACUACCAUUAAUUCAUUUAUUUUAGUUUUUGUUUUUAUACCAGUUGUAUAUUUUGGGAUUUUAUUAUUUAUUUAUUUUUUUCUUCCUACUUUUUUGCUUUGUGAACAUGAAAUAAGGCUAGGAAUCCAGUUUAUUUUGGCUCAGCAUUUAAACAACUCUUUCCCCCUAAUAUACUUCCUUCCAAGAACCGAUUUUAGAGACAAGAACAACUAUAAAUCUGCAUGUUUUCUGGGGGUGUUUUUAUUGUCUAAGGUUUACUUUUAUUAUUUCUAAAAAGUCUCUUAAUUCACCUUGUAAAUAUUUCUUGGGUUUUAUAUUUCUCCUCCCUUUCUCUCUAGUCACUUGUUGCAAACGUUGAUCUGGGUCCAACCAUUCUGGAUAUCGCUGGCUUUAACCUGAAUAAAACACAGAUGGAUGGCAUGUCUUUUCUACCAAUUUUGGCAAGUAUACCAUUUAAAUGUAACACUAGUUCAUUAGUGAGUUAUUCUUUUUAAAUUCUUUAUUUUUGCUCACCUCUCUGUUGUGAGAGAAGCAGUAAUUUGCCAGAAAGAUACAAAUAAGAACCAUACUGGAUUCAAGUAUACGAUAACAGGGACUCUGUAUUAUUGGUAUAUUGUACAUUGAGGUGAGUAGUUUUAAGAGUUAUGGGAAAGCCUGGGCCGGCUCGCUGUGUACAAAAAGUUAGGUAGCCUCGGUAUGGGGCAACGGUAGGUUGCCGUAAAUAUACUGUUCUAUAUCAUGAGUUGUGACUCUGGGUCUUCUAGGGAUAGGGGUUUAGUGAGUUAUUCUAAUAAUUUGUUUUGUGUGGGUGAUAAGCUGACCACUGUGAUACCUAAAGGAGCACUCCUCUCACCAAAGGUACUGCACACUGCCUAGUUCAGCAUGGUUUAACACGUACCUGAGUCCCACUGGGCGUCAGUACUGCUUUCAUUCUUGCCAUAAUGAAGGAGACAGCUAUCUGUGUGUUCAAGAAGAGAACUCAUUCAACUCUUUUAUUGGCUGAGAAAGCUCAGCUGAUAUUCUCAGCCAGUGAAUGAAUGGCUAUGUCGCAUCUGCCUUCUCCUACGUAAAGAGAUUGGAAGCAGCUUGGACGUCUUACCGGACCCAGGUAAGUGUGAAGUCUUGCUAAAACAAUCUGAUAGAUUACACCGAUACAGCAGUACUGUAGUGGUUAUGGUGCUUGAAGUGGAGUGUUUCUUUAAAGGGACACUAUAGUCAGCAAUACAACUUUAGCUUAAUGAAGCAGUCUUGGUGCAUAGAUCAUGCUCCUGCAGUCUCACUGCUCAAUUCUCUGCCAUUUAGGACUUAAUCACUUUGUUUAUGCAGCCUAGUCAAACCUCCUUGCAUGUGACUCACACGGCCUUCCUAAACACUUCCUGUAAAGAGUCAUCUAAUGUUUACUUCCUUUAUUAAGCACACAGACCUCAGAGGCAUCAGAUUUAUACAUCAAAACUGCUUCAUUAAGCUAAAGUUGUUUUGGUGACUGUAGUGUCCCUUUACAGAAGACCGUUUUACACUGUGCUCUGAUUUUCCUGUUGAUUGUGGACUUCAAAGUAGCCAAAAGAUAGAAUUCCAACUUCUCUGAGGCUGACCAUAUAUUGUGGGAAUCAUAGUUUUGUUACAACUCGAGAUCCACCAUGCAGCAUUGGAGUUGUACUGGAAUAAGAGCAUUAAAAACUUAAAACGAACACUGGGCAGACUAAAUGGGCCGAAUGGUUCUUAUCUGCCGUCACAUUCUAUGUUUCUAACACCACAACAAGAACUCAAAAAUCACAUUGAAGUCUAUUGGAUACAAAAAGAAAAAAGAUAAACUGGGUUAAAAAGGGUAAGCUGGUCUUCCUAAUGCAUUUCGUACCUAUGGGUCCUUAAACAUAGGAGUCUCCUGUUUGCCUUUUUUCUUUUUAUGCCUAAUAAAUGUUGGUGUGUUUUGUUUUUGAGCGCGUGUUGUGACGUUCAGGUUUUGUUUUUUAAAGUAAUGCUCCGAUUUCUCUAGUAUUUGUAGUUCUUGUGCCCGGUGUCUUGUUUUUUUAAUUGGUAAGUGGGGUUUUCAUGCCUCCCAUUACCUGUAACAUUUUUUUGAAUUUACGCUCUUUGUCAUUAGCAGCAUGUUUGGAUUAUGUAAGCCAGGUUCCAAGUGUUCUAUUUUGAUCAGUACUGGAAUAAUCAAUCAUUCUGUAUUAUGAUGUCCAGUCUUGCCUGGGUGAGAACAUGAGUGAGCUGACUUAGUGUUUGUUUUUGUAUUUCAGACCGGUGCAAGUAACGUGACGUGGAGAACAGAUAUUUUGGUUGAAUAUCAAGGGGAAAGUCUUAAUGUUACAGAUCCAACUUGUCCUGCUCUGGGCCCUGGUGUUUCUGUAUGUAUCUGCUUACCCUACAUAUUAUAUUGAGUUGUUUUCAUUUUUCCAGUGUGUAUACUGUAUGUAAAGUACUACUUUCACUGCACUCACCAUUUAAAAUGUACCUGUGUGGUUUUCUGGCACAUUAGAUCACACUGUUUGUUCUACACUUUGUACACCAUGCAAGGUUUGGAAAUCCUUGCUGAUUUACUGCAGCCUAUACUAUCAGUACAUUAUCAUGAGCGCCUGUGCUUGUCUUUUAACCAUCUAAAAUGUGCUACACACAUUGUACUCAAAUAGGAAUCACCUUGUCUGAGUGACUGCCACUAGAGGUGUUCCUAGGCACCAAUGUAAACAUUACCUUUUCCCUGAAAAGGCAGGGUUUACCUUGAAAAGCCUGCAGGGACAGCCUGUAGACUCCUGAACCACUACAUUGGGCUGUAGGGGUUUUGCUGGCUAUAGUGUCCUCUUGGACAGAUUUCACAGCAAUCGAAGGGAACUUUAUGGUUCCCAAAAACAAAUUAUUUUCCAGACUAUAGAUUCCCUUUGAGAGUGAAGUAGCUAAAGGGUCCUUCUUGCAGGCUUUUGGUAUAAAUUAAUGUUUAAUGUUAAUGUUUUCCCUCUUUGCCGUGAUUAUGCACCAUGCUGCACACCGGGAGGCAUAUGGACAGUUGAGAGGGCUUUCGUAAGUCAGGUGGCCUUGUGUUGUUGUCAGCAGUCACACUACGGUUUCAUGAGUGUACCUGCUCUUGUAGUCAUGCCAGUCAUGGACACAGGAGAAAUGAAGAGCAUAUAAACAUUGCAGUGUAACUCGCGAAUUAAACAUUAGUUCAAAAACAUUCAAUAAGUUCAAAAACAUGCGAUAUGUAAAAUAAAGAAACGAAGUGAGAAAUUCCAGCACAAUUCUAUUAUGAGGUAUUGUACAAAUUGUGUGUUUGUUUCCGCAGCAAUGUUUUCCAGACUGUGUUUGUGAAGAUGCAUACAAUAAUACCUAUGCCUGUGUGAGGACAAUUGCGCCAGCCUAUGACUUGCAGUAUUGCGAGUUUGAUGAUGCAGAGGUAAGCAUGUGUAACAAUGUCUGUCCAACAGCAGAAUUAAAGAAACCAUGGUGUCCCUAAACUGGUAGCAGGAUUGAAAGGUCUUCUACAAAUGUCCCUGCAAGACUGUAACUACUCAUCCAGAAUCAGUGUUUGGCAAUGGUUAGCCUUGCAUCUUAAAAGAACACUCCAAACACCAUAACCACUACAGGCUGCUGUAAAUAACGGUUUACCUGGGUCCAUCUGGGCACCAGCUGCUGCAGCUCUUCUUCCAGAUUUUCCUGCCAGGAGCUUUUAGCUCCAGUGAGCUCAACAGGGUCAUGUAGAACUGGUUUUACGGAGAACAUCAGCUGGGCGCAGAACGUUCUUUGCUUAGGGGAGAUAUCUGGCUUAAUAAAUGGUUUGACUACGUAUUCAGGGAUGGCAGUGUAACUACCUCAGCGAGCUGUAGUGGUUAUGGUUCUUGGCAUGUUCCUUUAAUAGCAGACCUAAUUUCAUUGGUUUAUUCCUAUUCUAUGUGUUUGCAUAGGUAAACGAUAAUGGGAGUACCAGUAAUGGAAUAUUUUAAUUACGUAUUACUUUAAACAGUGAUAUUUAUAAAUGUUUUAUUUGGUCUGCUAAGUUUAGGAUAUAGUGGUUCCAAAGAUGCUAUUACAUAUAGCACAUUACACAACACUGAGUCGGAUCUAUAUUUAACAACUUUGUGUAAUCUCACAGGCCCACGUGAGUCUGUUAAAGCUCAAUAGUCUAUUGCAUGCAGUCACUAUGCCCCCUAUCUGUAGCUAGCAGAGCAGCUCCUUACGAAAUCAAAUGCAUUUGGUCAGAAGAUGUAGUAAAAUGCGUGGUUGGUCAGAUUUGUCGGCCGAAAAUCCAUUAGUGACCCGGAUUGUUUAGGAGUACUUGCAUUUGGACUUUGAAGAUAAAAUUUAAGAAAUCACCGUUCUGACAGUAGGCAUUUUACAAACCGUUGUGGUUGGAGGAUAAUCACAACCAGAGGGAGAUUUAUUAAGACAGAGCUAUUUUGGUUGCUAGAUGAUGAGACAUUCUAUUUGUUUCCAUGGUUAUUUGGUUAUUGCUUUUUAUUAGGCACUUUGCCCUUGAUAAUUCUACGCCCAUAUGUUUAAAAGGUAUUUUAAUGAUAAUACGGGACAUUAGUAUUAUUUAUUGCAAUCGGAAUGUACCAGUUGUAGGCAUGUGUAAAUACACAGUUUCAUUUUAAAAUGCAGGUCUUUGUGGAAGUGUACAAUCUAACAGCUGAUCCCAACCAGCUCACCAACAUCGCUAAAACCAUAGAUCAGGAGAUCCUCGAGAAGAUGAAUCGGCGGCUGAUGAUGCUUCAGUCUUGUUCUGGUCCAUCGUGUCGCACCCCAGGAGUAUUCGAUCCGAGGUGAUUCACUUUCUAUCUGUUAGUCUGGGCAGGAGCCAGCAUUGUGCAGUGAGCUUCAAUAGGGAGACACUGAAUCAUUACUUAAAAAUAAAUAUAGCUUCCAUUAAUAUGGAGUGUUUGCUACAGAUUGAAGAAAGAUGGCAAAUGUUCGUUAUUUGUAUCUUUUUAAACGAGAACCAUUCUUUUCUUGAAAAUUUAUAUAUAUUAUUUAAAUGUAUUUAUUAUAUUAUAAUAUAUGUAAUCUUUAAAGAAAUAAAAAUAUUAUAAUUUUAAUGAAAUAUUUUUUAUAUAUUUUGCUCCAUAACCUCACCAUUUUGCCCCUUCCUUCCAUCCUGCUAUGUUUACCUUCUGAGAGUUGUACUAUUGCUUUGAGCAAAAACCACUGCGUAACAAGCUUGGCAGUGCUGUUGAUACAGUAGAUAUCAGUCCCUGGUUUGGCGAGAGCUAAUGGCAAAUCCUGUACAGCUUUAUUUAUUUUCCUUUCAGAGAAUGAAAGAUUUUAUUUUUUUUUCUUUAUUUUGAAUCUCCUUUUUUUUUUUUAAUUAUUAUUCUUAUUUUUUUAUUUUUUUUUAAAUGCACUAAAAUUUAACUGAUCAAAACCAUCCGGAAUAUCCCUUUAACUGUCAUGUUCUAUGGCAAUGAACUAAUCAUUUCUUUCUCUUGUAGAUUCAGCUUUGAUCCCAGAAUGAUAUUCAUGGAUGCAGGUUCACAAGGCCGUAUUCGCCAGAAGAUCUAUAGAGUAACCCAAACCUGAUUCCGAAUGGCUGACUUUUUGAUUUUCUUUUUAUGGAAUAACUGAGCUGCUCUGGUUUGCAUUAGGCUGAUUUCAUAGAGACUUCAGUAGGUUGGCUUUUUUUUUUUUUUAUAUUCUGUGCAGGACCUAAUCAGUAGUUACUUCUUCCUGAUUUUGUCAGUUUUAACACUUUGGCUGGCGACCACAUGGUUUUGCUGUUUUUUUUCACUUGAUUUGUUACGUGGUAUUGUAUCUAAGUCACUAGUGGUGGGGUGCCCUGACUCCAUCGGCCAAUCGGUCUGCAAUACUGUUUAUAACUUAAAAGGCCCAUCCUUUUCUGUGAUAAAGGGAAAUCCUGUAGUGCAAAGAUAAAUUUUCUCUGUCAUUCAAAAAAAAAAAAAAGAAAGAUCUAUUCAGAUAUGCUGGGGGAAAAACUGAUUUAAACUGUGUUCCAUUCAUUGUUUGUUUUUUUUUGUUUUUUUUCAUCAUGAAAUUUAUAUUUUUUUUUUUUUUCUUUUGGAAGGGGUGAUUUAAGGGUUUCGAUUGUGAAUUAUUGCCCAAAAUGCACUUUAACCCUUCUAAUUAAAUAUAUAUGUAUCAUUUUUUUACUUUUUCUUUUUCUUUUUUUUUUUUUUCUAGCGUAUCCACAAUGUGAAUAUGAAAGUGUUCUUCAAUGCAAGGUUUAUCCAUAUGUUUUAUGCAACUUGUUAUCUUAACAGAUGUGCAUAAAAGAUAAGAUUAGAUUUAUUCACAAAUCUUGGAACUUGUGUUGAACUGACAAGCGGUUGAUAAAUUUUGUGGCUUAAAAUUGAGUAAUUUUCCACAUCAGCCAGCCAUAAUUCAUGGUCUAGUGAAUAAAACUGUUAUUUACCUUUUUAGUAUCUUUUCAUCUUUAAUAUGUUUCAGUAAAAUCAUUUCCAGCUGUGUUGCAGUCCCAUUUCCUUAACCCCUUGAGGACCAAACUUCUGGAAUAAUGGGGAAUCAUGUCAUGUGUCCUUAAGGGGUUAAAAGAGAAAUUGUAUGAAUUGUAAAAUGUGGGAUUUAAGAACAUAGAUCGUGUAAAGCUGUUGUGUGCAGUAUUCAUUGGCACUGUAGAAUUACUGCUUUAUAAAUAAAAAAGGGAUUUUGUUUAGCAGAUUGAGAAAUCCAAUUGCAGAUUUAAUCAUGCUUAGUAUUUCUAUUUAGACUUUUUCUAAGUCAAUCUGUAGUUUGCCUUAUCUUUGCGCAUCUCAAAGAUCAGUGGCAAAUCAACAAAUUGAAUUAACAAAUUAACUGAGCACCAUAACCACUUAUCACUAAAGUGGUUAUUUUGCCUGGAGUUCCUUGGUGCUGUCCAGUGGCUUGAAAAUGGUUUAGCAUUGACUGAUGGUUACUGGGUGUCCAUGACUCUGCCCCUAACCCACGCGUUGAAACGUACGGCUAAGGCGGAAUGUAACCCAUUAUUAGCCGUACCAAUUGAUUCUAGAGAAGCAGUGAUUAGGCUGAGAGGUGAUGCAUUAGCCCAACCAGCAGAGUUGCUAGAUUAACACUACUAACGUAGGGUUAAACCAUUACAAACCGUUUCAACACUAACAGUGUGAUAGCGCCAGGAGACUCCGGGCACCAUAACCACUCCAAUGAGAUGAAGUGGUUAAGGUGCCUAGAGUGUCCUUUUAAUACUGUAAUCCUGAAGAUAAAACAGAUCAUGCACUUUUGAUUAAGUGCCAAUUUUGCAUAUUUUUGCACAGCACACAUUUUAACUUUCGUCAGGAAAUAUACACUUUUUAAAUAUGAAGGAAUAGUGGCUUUCUUUUAAACUCUUUCAAAUGCUAUUCAGCAUAGAAAGCUUAGCGGUACUGGUUGAUUUUUGUUUAUUUUGUUUCUGCCAUUUUAUUUUAUUCUUGGGAAUUUUGCAAACCACUGCAAAUUAAUGCAUUCUACUAUUUUCUUUGCUAUUUUAAGCCCGUUGUAAUAACUCCAAUAAAUGAUGAAUAUUUUCAUAUAUUAUGAUUUAAGUUUGCUUUGUAUUUUGGUAACAUAUGGUAUAGACUAAACUUGUGCACAAAUUCACUUCUGCUGCCACGAACGAAUCCAGUUCCUUUUUAAUUUACGCCCAAAUGAAUUAAUCCGUCCAGGAUUUAGCUGUGGGGUAUUAUUCAAUGGAGAAGACUCCACAGGUGAAUCCUUGACGCAGAUUUUGGUUUGUUCAUACCAACUAAACAGAAUUUAUGCACAAGGCUUGUAUAGACUGGUGUCACUGAUUGUGUGAAUUGCUUACGUUUUAAAAGGAUCGGUGUCCAGAGAUUCAUGUAAAUGAUGGCUGAAAAAAAAAAAAAACCCUGUCUAAUUUUGUUUUAUGUAAUAAUCUAAAACUGCUUAUUGACACACUGAUUAGAUAACUUUUAUAAAGUAUGAUCAAUAAUCUUAAUUUUCUUUAUUCACUGUGUACAAACAAAGCACGAUUGUUGUAAUAUAAAGCCAUAAUUUUGGACCACAUAACUAGAUGUCUUGGAAUUGGCAGUGCCAGUUUGUGAAGUCGCUAUAUUUGGCCAAGCUGCAUAUAUUACACGUGUAGCCGAACAUAUCAGCAUCCUGUAAUGUGGUAAUGCCAAGUUUGAUUGAACUGGACAACUCAUCAAUCAUUGACUUUCAACUUGAUGGACUCUGAGCUGUUGUUGAGUCCGUACUGUGUACAGAAGAGUGGAAUUAUUCCCUAAAGUAAGAAAUAUUGAAAAUCUGAAGUCUGUUUCAAAUUGUAAGGCCGAAUUAGCCAAACUGAAAACUGAGCUGAUUUUGUAAAACUUGUUUUUCUAUUUUGACCUAAAUUUUGAAAUUCACUUAGAAUUCCUAGCAAUUCUCAAUCUAAAGAAUAACCCUGUAAGAAUGAGGCGCCCCCACCUCUUCACGCACAGGUGCCCUGUAAGUGGCUUAAAAGGCAUAUAAAUCACUUUGAGCCUUUGAAGUGGUUUAAGUAGUAGUAUUACAGUUGGUGUGUUUAUCUCCCAUGUUACAAUUAGAUUAGAAGUGGGAAUUUAGACAGAGAUAGAUUAACACAGUGUGGCCAUAUGGUGUGACUAAAUCCCUGUAUUUGUUACAGAUAUGAGCAUUGAAUACAUGUUGCUCUUAAAUUUUAGUUUGGAGAAACAAAAAAAAAAAACUACCAUGAGACUGUAACAGGUGAAGGGCCUUUGUUUUUGUAGCGUUUGCACAUGUCCAUACGAUCGAGGGGAAAAAAAAAAAUGUAGAACAUUCACUAAAAUAAUAUGGGAGCGACCCAUCUACACAAACUACUAUGUAACGGCUAAAUAUUCUUAAACAAAUUGCUUAAGGCAGAUAGAUUAAAGAGACUAUUUUAGAAAAUACCGGUUUAUCUCCUAGCCCACCAGUUUGUGUUUUUUGCAAUCUUCUGUUUUUUGGGUUUUUUUUAGUACAAUCCAGUGAUCUGGAGAUCUUUUUGGGAUUCAAACUUAAUUAUUUUUCUUUAAAUCAGGUUACAUACUUGGACACACUACAGGGUUAUUCAGUUAAGUUUAAUUUGUUGGCACAUUUAAUUAAAUUUCAAAUAUUAGGCCAACAUAGACCUGAAGAAUGGUACUCCGUUUGGUUGUUUUGGUGUACAAUUUAAGCAACCCUGUAGAUUAGGUUCAGAGGCUCCAUAAUCAACCGUUUGUUAGUAGGAUGCUGGGCAGCUACUGACCCAUCUACCUACCUAUAUUCUCACAGAUUCUUUUACAAUCUAUUCUUGGUUAAACCCAGACUCUGUUUGCUUUCCAUACCCAGAGGUGUUCUAACAGGCGAAAUCCAAGUGAGGAUUGUUUUAAAAUAUUCACAGAAAACUGGAAUCAUAGGGGCUUAAUUGUUAAACUGUGAAUUGUGGAUAAAGGAAACCUCCCCCUUAACUCCAAAAAAUCGUAGGCAAAUCUAGCAAUAAGAAAAAGUAUCAGUAAUGUUGUUGACCUAAUAUCACUUGCUAAUUCAAAAUAUUCCAUUUAGAAAAUAACAUGCUAAAAAUCUUCCAGUUUACACACAACAUUCUGUACUAGUUAGUGGUUCUCCAGUCCACUUGGGUCCAUUGGGAGCCAUUGGCAUACGUAAUUGUAUUCGGAGAGUGUGUUUUCUUUGAUGAUAUGCUAGCCAAUAAUUUGUAAGCAUACUUUUGAUAUUUUUAACUUUCAGUGUUGCAGGUUACAUUUUCUAUUCUGCCAUUGAUACUUCCUGGUGGUUUUACUCAUCGUACAUAGACCCUCCGCUGCAAUAGGAUUCAGAUACAAAGAACUUGCACCAUGUGUCAGACCAUUAAUUCAGGCUUACAAUAUAUCAUUAACCCACUCUGAUAGUGCAAGCUGCAUUAUCUAGAUGGCAACAAGCUAGGCCCCCUAAAGUCAGUAAAUUAUCAUGGGCAUCGUAGAUCUACCAAUGUUAGGCGGCUUCCUUUUAGACCUCCCUUGCAUGUUUAUUCCCUGCAAACCAGACAGAGGAGAGGGAGAGACUGAUAUAAGCAAAAAAAAAUUAAAUCAGUUUUUAGAGGGUUUUACUCAUAAUUUAUAGCUGCUAGUUGAAUACAUUUAAUUUUAUAAAAAAUACAUUUUCUUGACUUUGUUUUCCUCUUCUGUGUUUGUCAUUUUUUGUGUGAUCUUCCAAUUAUAUUGUGACCUGCUUUGAGUUUGGCCAUUUUGAAUAGAAAGUGCCCUUUAAUUGACCCUGUUCACUGCUGCAUUUUUUUCAAUAAAUGACAAUUAUUUCUGUGUUUUUGUUAUUUAUUUUCUUGAUUUUCCUUUUUUUGUUUUUUCUAAAUAUACAGCGUAUACCGGUG